AUGGUCCCAAUAUUGACAGUGCAAGACCACAACCACUACAUCUCGUCGCCAGUUGCUAGCCGAAGGCUCCGAGCGCGCCCAUAUACGCGAAGGGAAAAUUUCGACGAGCUUUUCCUCGGCUGCCUGUGGGGUUUAGCAAAAUUUCAUUUUUGAUUCCGAGUACUCUUACCUAGGCCUAUCCAGCCACAAAGUCUCAAUUCUCAAGUGGUUGUUGAGCGGAGACCAUGCCCUAGUUAGUGGUCUUCUAUUUUGCAACAAGUUGGAACUGAAAUCGGUGUACCUUUGAAUUUAGCAUAUUCUUUGUCAGUCUCGAAGCCUGUCAAAUGAGCUCUAAAAUUGUUACAGAUAGCCUGGGCUUGGUCCCAAGUUUGGGAAGUCGUGUUCAUCUGA